AGCUCUUAACACUACAAGAAAAUUGGGAGAGUAGCCAUUAUAAAACAUAGAAAUGUAACUCUCUAAAAUAUUUUUAGCAGAGACUCUACAAGUGAAUGAGAACUUCUUUCAACGGAACUGAGGUGAACUUCACCAUGGGUCAACAAAUUUCAAAUCACACACAAACUGUAAUUAACAAGUUACCAGAAAAAGUAGCAAAGCAUGCCUCUUUGGUUCAAGAAAGUGGUUUCCUAACGUAUGAAGAGUUUCUGGGAAGAGUAGCUGAACUUAAUGAUGUUACUGCAAAGUUGGCUUCUGGACAAGACAAACAUCUCUUAUUUGAAGUGCAGCCUGGUUCUGAUUCUUCUGCUUUCUGGAAGGUGGUCGUUCGGAUAAUAUGUACUAAAAUUAACAAAACGACUGGCAUUGUGGAAGCUUCCAGAAUCUUGAACUUGUAUCAGUUCAUUCAACUAUACAAAGACAUUACGAGUCAAGCAGCAGGAGUUCUUGCACAGAGUGGUACUUCAGAAGAAGCUGCUGAGAACUUGAUGUCUAUGUCAUCUUGUCAGGCCAGCUUGUGGAUGGGAAGGGUUAAACAGUUGACAGAUGAAGAGGAAUGUUGCAUCUGCAUGGAUGGGCGUGCUGAUUUAAUCUUGCCAUGUGCUCACAAUUUCUGCCAGAAAUGCAUUGAUAAAUGGAGUGAUCGUCACAGAAGCUGUCCUGUUUGCCGUCGGCAAGUGACUGGGGCAAGUGAUUCUUGGGUGGUCUCAGAUGCACCUACAGAAGAUGAUGUUGCUACUUAUAUACUUAACAUGGUAGAUGAGGCGGGCCAGCCUCACAGACCCUGACACUGGCCAAGAAGUUGAUGGUAGCAGAAGCACCUGAAGCUUUCCUUUCCAUGAACAUCUCUUUUUACCUCUCGCUGCCAUUUUUCCACAGUCUGUCUGUUCUUGGCUGCUGUGAAUCUAUGCUGCUCUUUUAUAACACGGGGUGUAUGGGCUAGUGUAUGUGUGUGCAGUCUUCAUUAUUAAUCUACACUUCCAGUAAACUCUUUGGUCAUUAACAAAGUUUAUUAUAACAAUAACUUUUGAUAUUAGUUAACAAUUCAACAUGAAGCAAUUUAUAACAGCACAACUACAACUGCUGACUGCUAUUUGAACAUCACAGUGUACUGCUACAGAAGAUGAACUAUGUCAAAUGGCUUGACCUCACAGUUCUUACCCUUAAAACCACUCCCUUUUAAUUUCAUGAUAAAUGUGAAUAAAGAUUAUGAGUUAUCACUACUGAUUAUUAAUUUUACUACUGAAAUGUGAUGAUGUCCCACUGCCUGUAUUUUAGUAGCCAGUUAUUGCUGCUUUUAGUGUUUACAGAUACUGAUUUCAGUCUGAUCUGAGUUUUAUUAUUAUUUUAAAUCUGUUCUGGAGAGUGUAGGCAGCUCUGGAAAUGUACUUGUGCACUUCUCUUUAUUCUUGCAACAAGAUUAUUUCUUAGAAGGCUUUUUAAAUAUGGUAUUUGGCACAGUUGACUUAGCCUAGACACAUUAAACAGUUUCAUACACAGUUCUAAAAAAACGUAAAUCAGUUUCUUCAUAGUUUUUUGAUCAAGAAGAGCCACAGUUAUUUUUAAACAUUAGGCAUAUCUGAAGAGAAUGACUUUAUUUGAAUUAGCAGUUAAAGCAUGCGUUAGUCUGAUGCUGUGGUUUUAUUUUCUCUUGAGUUUUUGAAGUGAUGAAAUCAGUUAUGCAAAGGUAUCAGAUGAAAAGGUAUGCUAAGCAUUACAUAUGGUGAUAAUCUAAGUAAGGGUGCUAUGCUUUAUAUCUGUAAGUGCAAUAAGCUUUCAUGUAGCAGAGAUAAACUUAGUAAUGUUGCUUGCAGUGAGAUGUGCAUGUGACAGCUUGAGGAAAAAGGGGUUUCAACUGAAGUGCAACAGUAUAUUUCUGUUUAGCAGAGUAAAAUCUCUAAAGAGCUGAGUUUAGACAGUCUAAAAUAAAUUGUUAGUAUUCAGGAAACCCAUCAUAAGCCUCCUCUGCAUAAAUAGUAUUUUGGAAGUCAACUGCUAUUGUAGAGUUAAUUUUUUUUAAUAUAUAUGUUAACAAAUACUGCUCUUUUAAUUUGAGGCUAUUGAGAAAUACUCCUGUGUAGCAUAUGAGGGAGUAUCAGCAUAAAACUUGCUUACUAUAAGGUUGCAUUUUUAAUUACCUUGUUAAAAUGCUUGUUAAAAUUCAAGGAUGCCAUAAGGUUAAGGCCUUUUACCACAGAGAGGUUCAGAACUAAAAGGCCUGUGAACACUUAGAUUAGCACAUUGGGGUAUUUUUAUUAAUUUGCUACAAAAUAAUUCAAUUACAUUGGAAAACAGACCUUGGGAGUUUCUCUGUUAUACUUCUAUUUCUUGAGGAAUGUGCAUAGCAUAUAGCACCCAUUUGAGCUUGGCUUAAGACACAAUUUGUCGUAGACAUCAAAACGGAUAAGCAAUGUACUAUUCUUGUGUGUAUCAUCUAAAAGCCAGUGUAGCCUAUUGUGUAAAUUUCUAUUUAUCCAUUGAAAAAAUCCACUUAUGAGUAUAUAGCUUCAAACUAUUUUUUUCCCUUUGUUAAUCCUUCCAUAUCAAUGAGAUAUACUUUAGAAAAUGUAUGGACUGUUUGGUUGCAUAAAGUCAAUUGGUAUUUGGGCUGAAGAUUAAGGAAUUUUCCACUAAAUUAUUUGCAAGUAUUCCUGAUCAAAGACCAGUUUGAGUUCUUUUUGCUGUUUGAGCUUGCAUUAGUCCAUGUUCAGAACUUUAAACUAACCUCUGAAUUUUUUAGAAUUUUUAUAUCACUGGAACAGGAAGAGCAUCUAAAUUAAAGCUGCAAGCUAACUUUAUUUUUCAAGUAUUUCAAGAAUUAUACUUCUGAGAUUUUAUAAGUUGACUUUCUGCUGUGAACUUACAUGAACUUCAUAAAGUGUAAUUUUGUAAUGAUGCAAACAGGUUGUUAAUUGCAGCAAUUACUGCAAAAAUUACUUAAAUAGUGAAAAGUGAACUUUGUAAUCUGUACAGCUUUUUUAAUUAAGUUGCUGUAAUUCACACUGUAGGUACUGUAAUGUGUGCCUUGUAAAAUAUAUGUACUGUAUGUUAUAUGGGAUAAUAGGUACAUUAAUACUGAAAAGCUAGUAAUUUGCUAAUGUUUGGUAUUGCCUAGUCUGAAUUGCUUCAUUUAGCAAACAGUUUUGGAAAGGGAAUCACAUUGCCAGGGGCAUAGCAAUAGAUUCCAGAAGCUAGACCUUGAAAAUGUGAAUCACUACAAAUAGCUGUUGAUGGGGGGCAUUAUAAAAUACUAAACUUCCUUGUGUUAGGUGAAGAUUUAUUACAGGUUUAAUGUGAAAUUGUAAUUUAAGCAUUCUAGAUUCGUAUUAAUAGCUAA